CUGUUUCUUUCUGCAGAUGGUGCAGAUUUGGAGGAUGACCCAUCAUGUUCUUGGCCAGCAUCGUCGCCCUCCAGUAAGGAUCAGACUUCACCGGGACAUUGCGAGGACUAUGAUUUUGGAGAGGAGGAAGGAGGCCCUGGCCUGCCAUACCCAUGUCAGUUCUGUGAAAAGUCCUUCAGCCGCUUAAGCUUCCUCAAGCGCCACGAGCAGAGCCACGGUGAUAAACUCCCCUUCAGCUGUACCUUCUGCAGCCGCCUCUUUAAACACAAGCGUAGCCGAGACCGACACGUUAAGUUACAUACUGGUGAUAAAAAGUACCACUGUGGAGAGUGUGACUCUGCCUUCUCACGCAGCGAUCACCUCAAAAUCCACAUGAAAACCCACGCCUCCAACAAACCCCAUAAGUGCCCUGUGUGCAGAAGAGGUUUCCUUUCCUCCAGCUCUCUUCACGGCCACAUGCAAGUACACGAAAGGGGCAAGGAUGGCAGCUCCGGCUUUUCUAGAGCUGAUGAAUGGAAGCUAAAGGAAACUCAGAAAUGCAGUAGAUGUGAGGAAGGCUUUGAUGUUCCAGAAGAACUUCAGAGGCACAUCGCAGAGUGCCACCCUGAAUGCUCCCCAUCGGAGGAUGGAGGCCUGGGUGCCACCCUACAGUGUAUCUAUUGCCACGAGCCCUUCAGCGAUGAGGGUACCCUGCUAACCCACAUAGAUCAGGCCCACAGCAGAGAUAGAAAGGGCCACACCUGUGCUAUCUGCUCUGAACACUUCCUGUCUGUUGAGGAUCUCUACGCUCAUAUGGACAUUCACCAGCUCCCUGAAUCUAGCAACCAUAGUAACAGUCCUUCAUUGCUUACUGUGGGGUACACCUCUGUCUCAAGCACCACACCUGACUCCAACCUCUCUGUUGACAGCUCUACAAUGGUUGAGACAGCACCUCCUGUGCCCAAGACACGAGGGCGGAGAAAGAGAGCAGCUCAGAACACCCCUGACGUAGGAGGGCGGUCUUCAAAACAGUCUAAAGUUUCCUACAGUUGCAUCUACUGUAACAAGCAAGUGUUCUCAAGCUUGGCCGUGCUUCAAAUUCACCUUCGGACCAUGCAUCUGGAUAAGCCAGAACAAGCUCAUACUUGCCAAUUUUGUUUGGAAGUCCUGCCCUCAUUACUAAAUCUAAAUGAGCAUCUUAAACAAGUCCAUAAUGCAGAAGACCAUGCUGCCCUUUUAGCCAGCCUGCCUGAUGCCCUUCUUCAGUGUAACUUCUGCCCUGAGGUGUUGAGUGACCUAAACGCGCUCCAGGAACACAUCCGCUGCUCCCAUGGCUUCCCCAGUCCUGUCGCCAAGGAGAGCAAUGCCUUUUUCUGCCCUCAAUGCUUCAUGGGGUUCUUGACAGAAGCUACCUUGGAGGAGCAUGUUCGUCAGACACACUGUGAUGGGGGAAGCCUGCGUUUUGACUCUCCAUUGGCUGUAACUCCUAAGGAACCAAUAGUAGAGGUGUACUCCUGUUCAUAUUGCACCAACUCACCCAUAUUCAACAGUGUUCUAAAGCUCAACAAGCACAUCAAGGAGAAUCACAAGAACAUUCCUUUGGCCCUAAACUACAUCAACAAUGGAAAGAAAUCUCUGCGUACUCUCAGCCCUUCUUCACCAAUAUCAGUAGACCAAACUGCCUUGCUAAAACAAGGCAGCUCAGCCUCACGCACUACCAGUGAAUUCAUAUGUAACCAGUGUGGGGCCAAGUACACAAGUGUAGACCUUUUUCAAACUCACCUCAAAACCCAUUUGGAUUGCCUGCAACCUCAGCUCACGUGCCCACAGUGCAACAAAGAGUUUCCUAACCAAGAAUCCCUCCUGAAGCAUGUGACAAUUCACUUCACUAUUACCUCCACUUAUUACAUCUGUGAGAGCUGUGACAAGCAGUUCACGUCCGUGGAUGACCUGCAGAAGCACUUACUAGACAUGCAUACGUUUGUGUUCUUUCGCUGCACCCUGUGCCAGGAGGUGUUUGACUCGAAGGUCUCCACCCAACUCCACCUGGCUGUAAAACACAGCAACGAGAAGAAGGUGUAUCGCUGCACAUCCUGCAACUGGGACUUCAGGCAUGAGACAGACCUGCAGCUGCAUGUCAAACAUAGCCAUCUGGAGAACCAAGGCCGUGCUCACCGAUGCAUUUUUUGUGGUGAAUCCUUUGGUACAGAGGUGGAGCUGCAGUGUCACAUCACAACCCACAGCAAGAAGUAUAACUGUCGCUUCUGCAGUAAGGCUUUCCACGCCAUUGUUCUCUUGGAGAAACAUUUAAGAGAGAAACACUGUGUGUUUGAGGGAAAAGCUCAGAACUGUGGUGCUAACGGCUCGACUGUAAGCGGUGGGGAGGGCCAGGCUAAAGAGGAGACUGAACUGCAGAGUCUCAUAACCAACAGCCAUGGUUCAGUGGCAGCAGGAGGGUCAAUUGUGGAGUCCCACAACAGCCAUGAUGGAAGUGAGGAAGAGGUGGACACAGCAGAUCCUAUGUAUGGGUGUGACAUAUGUGGAGCAUCAUACACAAUGGAGUCACUCCUCACUAACCACCAGUUGAGAGAUCACAAUAUCCGACCUGGUGAGAGCGCAAUGAUAAAAAGGAAAGCUGAGAUGAUCAAGGGCAACCACAAGUGCAAUGUCUGUUCCCGUACCUUCUUCUCUGAGGCCGGGCUGAGAGAACACAUGCAGACCCACCUUGGGCCUGUCAAACACUACAUGUGUCCCAUCUGUGGGGAGCGCUUCCCUUCCUUGCUCACCCUGACAGAGCACAAGGUCACUCAUAGCAAGAGCUUGGACACAGGCAGCUGCCGUAUUUGUAAAAUGCCACUGCAGAGUGAGGAAGACUUUCUGGAGCACUGCCAGAUGCACCCUGACCUGAGGAACUCCCUAACAGGUUUCCGCUGUGUGGUGUGCAUGCAGACCGUCACCUCCACAUUGGAGCUCAAGAUCCAUGGUACUUUCCACAUGCAGAAGACAGGCACUAUGUCCUCCAAUCAACCCAUGGGCCGCACCAAUGCCAUCUCUCAAAACCAGCAACAGCACCAUGCCCAAAAACCUUUCAAGUGUGCCUCUUGCCUGAAAGAUUUCAGGUCUAAACAGGACCUUGUCAAGCUGGACAUAAAUGGGCUGCCUUAUGGACUAUGUGCGUCCUGCGUGACGGUAGCCGGUUCUAAAAGCUCCAGUCCUACAGUGAAUGGAGGAAGGCAGCAGCAGCAGGGGGGGGCGACCACUCCAGCUACAACCCAAGCUGCAUGGGUUCAAGCUGAGAGUCUUAGCCCUGCAGACGGGAAAGGCAAAGCUGUCUCAUCAUCUUCCUCAUCCUCCUCCACAUCUUCAUCUUCUGCAGCCAAGACACGCUGCUCCAGCUGUAAUGUGAAGUUUGAGUCUGAAGCCGAGCUUCAAAACCAUGUUCAGACGGUGCAUCGGGAACAAGCUGGGGACAGCAAUAGCGGGCUGCUCAAGACCCCCCAGGUGUCACCCAUGCCCAGAGCCAGUCCUUCCCAAACUGAAGAGAAGAAGACCUAUCAGUGCAUCAAAUGUCAGAUGGUGUUCUACAGUGAAUGGGACAUCCAAGUACACGUGGCCAACCACAUGCUGGUGGGAGAGAGACUCAUUGAUCUGGAACCAAACCGUCUCUCUGUUUGGGACACGCUUCUAGGCGCAGGUGAAUUUAAACACGCUGCUCAUGGCCUGAGCUACCGGAGGGAGGAGAUCUGCUGCCAAAAUGGACAGUGCACGCAGGCCGCCGCCCACCUGUCCAGAGGUUUCAGGGUUACGGAGGUCACAGCCACCUACCUCCCCGCCCUCUGCCUGAACUGGCAGAGGGAAAGCUCAUAA